UGACCCGUGUGGGCCAACCUGUGCGCGUGCCGGCUGCCGAGCGAUGGAGUCCAAGGGGUCUCGAGUCUCGACGGCGACAUUCCUUCGCGCGACCCUACGGCCAGAGUCCGCUGGAAUCGUCGCAGAAAUCCCGCAGGUCUCCGCCUCCCUGGUGUCUCCUUCCUGGGUUUGACCUGUUGCGCAGCGCGGUGCGACCUGGCGCCCGCUAUGCCGCCUCCGCUCGCACCGGGCCGCGUCAGCCAACCAGAGGCGGACUCGUGUCACGGGCGAAGACCAGGUGUUCGAUGGUAUUCCGCUAAGAGGCCCGCCGUUCCCUUUCGUCUGCUGCUUGGAGUUGGAGCCUUGGAGUUGCUCCUUCUUCAUGCUCAUCGGUUGACUUGUACCUGCUUUGCUUGUCAUGGUUAAGUUGUGUUUGUUUGGUAGGUGCAAUCGUACCAUUUUACUAUGAUUGCUCGAUGUGAUUCAAAACCAAUUUUGGGCAAUGGUUAUUGGGUUCAAUGUCCAUUAGCAGAGGGCGUCAUACUACUGUAAAUGUAAUGCGCUUUCAACCUGGUAUUUCGUCCACCUGAUUUCAGGUAAGUGCUUGUUUUUUGUACCGAAGAGGGAGGUAGCCUCUGAGCUUUGAAACUGUUUUCGCCGUGCGCCUUUUUUUUUUUUUUUUGAAAGCAAACUAAUGCGCAAUUCUGCUGUAUUUUCUUUUCCUUAAAAAGGUUGAUACUUGAAAAACUGACUGCACAAAUAGCAACUAUAGCACCUGAUGUAAAGCACUGCGCAUCUGAUCAUAUACCCAAAGCUUGAGAUUUCGAAAACAUGGACUACAUGUCUUCAAUGCCAAUGGUCUGCAUUGAGUAGCCUACUUGUCGAACUUUCUUUUGAUUUUAGUAUUGUGCAAAUCAUGUGCACCUAGGUGAUUUAAACGGCCGUUCUUCUAUCAUUAGAACACUGGAUUUCAACUCAAAAAAAUUUGAGCGCAAGCAUCUUUUACGGGGAACACAAUGAACUUUAUUUAGAGUGUUUUACGUCUAGAUUUGAUGGUGUGUUGGUGUUUUUUUCCUUUUCCUAGCUUAUAAGGCACAUAACGAACUGUACCUGGAGAUGUUUUACUUAUAAAUUUGAUGUACUCAUUUCUUUAAUGCUCCAGCAAUACCUCAGCUAUGAAGGCCAACUAUGUAAAGACUUGAGUCUUUAGUUGGUGAGCUUACUGUCUCAGGCUUAAUUCACAACUAUGUAAAGACUUGAGUCUUCCAUUCUACUAGUAGACAGGGUAGCUCUGAUUUUGACAUUUUGACAUCUGCUCUGGUAUCCAUAGUUGAGAAUAGCCGUUGAGCUUUCUGUUACAUUGAUGUCAUUAAGGUACACAUCAAUGCAGAUCGAUUUAGAGUCUUCGACUAGGGCAUUUAUAUGUUAAGGUUGGUUGUUGCACUGGAGAAAUCGUUAUCCAGCUGUAUGUUAGUGAUGUACGUAGAUUAAUAUCAACCACCAGAUGGCUGCUAGGUACUUUGGUCUUCUCACUCUUGCACUUCACUCUCCACUGUGAUCCAAGCCGACAGAAAGCAAAAGGUGUCACAUAUCCAAAAGAGUGAGCUUCAAGACAGAGUUGGCAGUAAAUUAAUGCUUUUGUUGUCUGUAAUUUGAUCGAUGUAGCUAAACUUAAUUCUAAGGUUUUUUGUUGUCUUAGAGAAUUGAUUUCAUACAUGGAAACCUUUUAUCAGGUCCAUAAAACUGGCCUCACGUUGGAGUACGAGGGCCAGCAAUGCUGUCUUAAUUGACAAAAACUAUAUGCGAAUCCCCUUAUGAAAAGAAGUCUUUGAUAUAUAAGAUACUGUAUCAAGAGGUAACAUUCGAUACAGAAGGAAAGGAUCGGUUCCAGAUUUGGGAGCUUGCUGUACAGUAUCAAUAUUCAGAAUAGCAAUCUGUGGUGUAACCUUAUAUGUCAAGAUAUUCGCCUGAAGAAUCUCCGACAGAUCAGCGAGAUCACUCGCUUUCAUAGCUGCUGUGACUAAGAGAAGUGGAGAGGACAACGGAAGCUGAAGUGAUGUCUCAACCUAUCUGCUGAGACCUGUGGCUGCAUCUUCUGCGAGCUUUGUCAUUACAAGAUCAAUUGUGUGAACAGCAAGCCCAGCGAGGGGAAGGGGGGCUGUGGGACUCGUCAUUACAGCCUUUUCCCUUGGCACCCCAGCAGCACAGCUCACUCCAGCAGAAAGCACGCCAUGGCAGAGGAGAAGAAGCACAAGCACAAGCACAAGCAGAAGCAGAAGGAGAAGCAGUCGAGCGGAACGGAGCAGGCGCACUUCAAGCCGUGCGCCGACGUGAAGGGCAUCCGGUUUGGCGGGCAGUUCAUCGUCAAGUCGUUCACGGUGCGGCGGGCGUCGCCGCUGGAGCUGCUGCGGCUGCUCGACAUCCCGCCGUCGUACCUGAGCGAGUGCCAGAGCCUGCCGUUCCCGUCCACCACCACCUACAUGCCCACCAGCUUCACCAUCCUGGCGCACCAGGCGUGGCACACGCUCACGCUCGGCCUGGGCACCAAGAAGUCCAAGGUGGUGCUCUUCGUGUUCGAGUCCGAGAGCAUGAAGGCGGCCGUGGACCAGCUCUGGCCGGCCAUGAUCCCGCUCGGGGACGUCAACAAGAAGCUCAUCCGCGGGCUCACGGGAAGCGAGAUGGCGCGGUUCAAGUUCAGGAAGGGUUGCCUCACCAUCUACGUCUACGCCGUGCGCCGGCUGGGCGCCGCCGGGUUCAUGUGCACCGACGACCUCAGGCGGAUACUGCAGGCUGUGGUGGAGCUCAAGGACUUCUUGGACCACACCGCCAUGCUCGCCAUCCCGAGCCAGAAGAGCAUCACUCUGCAGUCCCGGGUCGCUGUGGCUCACUGAGAUCACAGUGCAUCUCCGAUGAUGCUGCCAGGACCCUGAUCAUUCCUCCGGUGCAGGUAUGCUCGGCUUGCAAUUUGCAGAGAGGGUCUGAUUCUUUCUCGGUUCAAUUGGUUUGUUCAGUGUCGGUGCAAGUGUUUACCUCCUCUGCUUGGAGCUGUAUAGAUCUAUUGAGCAAAGUGUUUCAGCAAUUAAGCCUAGGUUUUUCUAAAGGCAAAUUUCUUUCCACAGAUCUUACAUUUAGCCUCGUCCCUGAAAUAAUCCAUCAAUGAACCCAUCUGUUCUAUGACACUUUCUAGCCGUAUUGUACAACACAUGUUGCUAUAGUUAUGGUAUAGUACAGUUUUUGGAAUUUCUGUGCUCCCACGGUCCAUUGUUCUCACUGCACUCAUUGUUUCACAGAAAUAGUGAACUUUUUUUUUUUAUCAGAACUGCACCCAGUUGCAUAUUGCA